AUGCCGCAUCCAACCAAUGAUGAUGAAACUUCCGACAUGCAUGAUGAUAUCGAUGGACUACUUUAUGAUACUUUUAGGAAUGUAGAAGGUGAUCUGCUUCAUGAAGGAGUGAGAGAGGGACCAUCUGAAGAUGCAAAGAGAUUUUUCAAAUUAGUUGACGAAGGGAAACAAGAGUUGUACCCAGGGUGUAAGAAUUUUUCUAAGUUGAGUUUCACCAUUCGGUUGUACUUGUUUAAAUGCAUUCAUGGGUUGAGUAAUGUAGCCUUUUCAGACUUAUUAGACUUGAUAAAAGAGGCAUUUCCAUUUGCUCAGCUACCCGAGUCUUUCAACAAGGCAAAAAAGGUGAUAAAAGAUUUGGGUCUUGGUUAUGAGAAAAUUCAUGCAUGCCCUAACGACUGUAUGCUAUUUUGGAAUGACAAUGCGAAGAUAGAUAAUUGCUCUGUGUGUGGUUCUUCUAGAUGGAAGAAUGUUCGUGAUGAUGUGACUAAUAAGAACACUAAAAUCCCAGCAAAGGUUUUAAGGUACUUCCCUUUAAAGCCUAGGCUUCAGAGGAUAUUUAUGUGUUCUGAAACAUCAGUAGCCAUGAGAUGGCAUGCUACUGAACGACCCAAAGAUGGGAAUUUAAGACAUCCUGCUGAUGGGGAUGCUUGGAAGAAUUUUGAUUCAUUGCACCCGGAUUUCUCUAAAGAUCCUCGUAAUGUUCGAUUGGGUCUUUCAAGUGAUGGUUUCAAUCCAUUCCGAACCAUGAGCAUUUCCCAUAGUACAUGGCCAGUUAUGUUAAUGAACUAUAAUUUUCCACCAUGGAUUUGCAUGAAGCCGGAGUAUAUAAUGUUGUCAAUGAUCAUUCCAGGUCCAUCGUCUCCUGGAAACGAUAUAGAUGUGUUCCUACAACCGCUAAUUGCAGAGUUGAAGGAACUAUGGGAAAUGGGAGUGGAAACAUAUGAUGCUGAAACUAACCAAACAUUUCUAAUGCGUGCAGCUUUAUUGUGGACAGUUAGUGAUUUUCCAGCACUAGCAAUGCUUUCCGGAUGGAGCACCAAGGGGAAAUGGGCAUGCCCCACCUAUGUUUACUUGGGUCAUCGAGCAUUUUUUCCUCCUGAUCAUCCAUUCCGAAGAGAUAAGAAAUCAUUUGAUGGUAAAGAGGAGCAUAAAGCUGUACCUACUCCCUUAUCACGCAUAGAAGUGCUUGAAGAGCUACGUGAAUUCAAUAAUGUCUUUGGGAAGGGCCGAAAGAAAAGGGCUCGGAAGAGUGAUGGUCCAUGGAAGAAAAGAUCCAUAUUUUUUUAA